AAUAUCGCGAGUAGUUAGUCCAGCUCUAAAAUCGUGUUUCUCUCGUAGAAAAACAGAGAAAAAAAACUUUUUCGUGCAUUUGGCCCGUGCAAAAACCGAGAAUCGCCCCUGCGUUUGUUCCGUACGGCGAUAACAUUAAACGCGCGCAAUAAGUAAGCGCGUUUUAGCGGCCAACUAAUCGCGAAAUCAAAAAUAUAUUUCCAGCAAGAAGAAGAACGAACGGCAGUAGUAGCUAUAAUUGUCGCCGUUGUUGUUGUUGUUUGCAUUAGUGUUGGUGGUGUGCGUGUGUGUUGUUGUUCUUGCUUUUGGGAUGAUGCUGUGCUGUAAAGUAAAGUGAAGUUAAAGUGGUGGCAAAACCAAAAAGUGUGUGCAACGCAAAAUAAACGCUGCAAUUCGCGGAUAGGCGUAGAUUCGUAUAAAAGAUGGUGGUAAUAAGCCUCAAAAAGUCGUGAAAUUUUUUAACUGUGUUUCGUGCAAAAAAUUGCGCCAAUAAGCAAAAGCAAACGCAAACAUCGUUUGUUUUAUUGCAUUCCCUGCACACACACACACACAAACACACGCACGCAGUCGCAUACAUAUGCGCUGCAGCAGCAACAGAGAUUUUGACCACACUACUCACUCACACCCACAUGCAUCCACGCAGCAAGCGGUGCUCAACAACAACAAAAACAAAGAGCAGUUAAAUGUUUCACUUAAGUGAUCUGGUUACCAAGGAGUAGAGCCACCAACCAGGAGGAAGAGGAAUCGCCAAGCCGGAGCCCAGGAACGCCACCGAAAAUGUCGCGGUGGGGCAAAAACAUCGUCGUCCCGCUGGACUCGCUUUGCAAGGAGAAGGAGAACACCAACAGGCCGACUGUCGCCCGCUCCGUGGGCACCGUUGGCAAAUGGGGCAAGAUGGGCUUCACCUCGACGCGCACAUACACGCUAUCCGCCCUUCAUCCAAUGGCUGCGGCAGCAGCGGCGGCCGCGGCGGCAGCAAGUCCUUCCCAGAGUCCCGCCUCCACGCAAGACCACGAUCCCAGCGAUCUGUCCGUUUCGGUGCCGGAGCCGCCAAAGCCUAAGAAGUUCUUCAAAUCGAGGAACGCAGCUCCGCCGGAGGUGAUUGCCCAGAUUAUCCAGCAGUUGCCGCAUUGCGGGGCUGGUGCGUCGCCCAUGCGGGACCAGUACUCGGCGGGAGCGGGCGUUGGUGGGGCCACGCCCACUUCCGGUGCCCAGGAGGCGGGCGGACAAAAGCUGAAGCCGGGCAAGGGUGGUAGUUCCGCAGAGCGGAAGCGCAAAUCGCCCAAGAAGAAGGUGGCUGCCACGACGCCGUCAACAUCAGCCGCCGCGACCACGCCCUCGACGCCUGGUGCGUUCUACGGCGCCUCUGACCGGGAUGGCGAGGGGCUAAGCGAUCCCGCCUCGGAGCAGCCGGAGUCGUCCAGUGCAGCGGGCAAGCAGAGGCAGAAGAAACCGAAGGAGGAAAAGAAGCUGAAACCAGAGGCACCACCCUCGCGCGUUCUGGGUCGCGCCCGCAAGGCGGUCAACUACUGUGAGGUGGACGAAGACGAGCGCUAUCCCACGCCCACCAAGGAUCUGGUCAUUCCCAAGGCGGCGCGCCAACCUGGGGAAGUGGCGGCCACCGCGGCCUCCGCGUCUGAAGCCUUCAUCAGCUCCACGUUUGGCAGCCCGGGAUCAGAACCUUCGCUUCCCCCGCCCACGUCUGCGCCCAGUGCUCCCACGCCUACGGCUACACAGCUUCCCUCCGCAUCAGGCGUUCCGUCGAAUCCUUCGAGCGCCUCCCGCACUCCAGAACAUCCUCCGAUUGUGCUGCGCAUCUCCAAGGGCACUUCCCGCUUGGUCAGCACGGACAGCGAGGAGCCGCCGAGCAGCUCGCCCGCUCACCAGAACCCACAGAGCCUGCUCCCCGUCGCGGAGGAGGAGCCAGCGGAGCGGACCGGAGACGAAACAGUUCCUGCAAGCACGCCAAAAAUUACUGUGAAGCCACUGAGGCCACCGCCAGCGGAAUCGGCGGAAGGAUCAUCGGCGGCAGGGGGAGCGACGGACAACUCCUUCGAGGAGCGCAAGCCGUCCGACGGCAACGAGGAAGAGGAGGACGAGGAAGAGGAGGAGGACGAGGAGGAGGAACCGCCGGAGAUCAACUACUGCACGGUGAAGAUAUCGCCGGACAAGCCGCCCAAGGAAAGGCUCAAGCUGAUCAUCAAGACGGACGUGAUCCGCAACGCCAUCGCCAAAGCGGCCGCAGCAGCAGAGUCUCGCAGCGAGAAGAAGUCGAAGAGCAAGAAGCACAAGCACAAACAGCUGCUGGCCGCGGGAGCUGCAGCCGCUCCUCCGUCAUCUGCAGCCAACCCCAGGGAGCCCACCUCGGAGUUCAAGACGCCCUCACCUCACCUGGCCUUCAGCGAGGUCAACAGUCACCAAACGCAACAUCCGCCUUCGUCACAGCACCCGCAGCGAGGAUCCUCGGUCAUAUCGCCCACCACCCGCUCCGAUCACGACUUCGACUCGCAGUCCUCGGUCCUGGGCAGCAUCUCCUCCAAGGGCAACAGCACGCCGCAGCUGCUGGCGCAGGCCGUGCAGGAGGACAGCUGUGUGAUCCGCAGCCGGGGCUCCAGUGUGAUCACCAGCGACCUGGAAACGAGCCAGCACUCCUCGCUGGUGGCCCCGCCCUCGGACAUCGAGUCCCGCCUGGCGUCCAUGAUGAUGACCAACGACGGCGUCGUCUCGGGGACGGCCACCGUGUUGCCGGAGACUCCGCUGCAGGAGGACAUACUCGCCGUGCUGCGGGGAGAAGUGCCUCGGCUAAACGGCAGCACGGCAACGGACCCUGACCCAGCUCCUCCGGAGGAGGGGGAGGACCAACAGCAGCAGCAGCCGAAGAGGGCCACGCGGGGCAGGGGCAAGAAGGCGAACAACACCGCGGAAGCCCCUGCUCCGGCCACGGAGACCAGAACCCGCGGCAGGGCCAAGGGAGCCGACACUGCCGUCGGUUCGCCUCCGGCGCCCAAGAGAAGCACACGGGGCACCCGAAACUACAAGAAGGCCGAGCCGGAAGUCGACAUGGAAGUGGACGAGCCGGCGGCGGCGGCGGCAGCACCAGCACCGGCGAGCGAAGGGCAACUGGAGCAGGCCACUCCGCCGCCGCGAAGAGGACGCAACGCGACCACUCGGGCGAACAACAACAACUCGGCCAGCGUGAACAACAACAUCAACAAGAUAGCGGCCAGUCUGUGCGCCAAGGCCGAGGCCAGUCGCCUUGUGGAGGGCGGAGCGGCGGGAGCAGCACCGCGCAGCUACGGCCGGAAGCGGAAGAACCAGCAGGUGACCCAGGUGCUGCAGCAGGAGCAGGCGCCCGAGGAGGAGGAGCCCCCCGAGGCUGACGCGGAGCAGCCCACGCCUGCGAAGAUCCCGCACACGGAGCACAGGGAACCCUCGCCGGACCACGACCCGGACCCCGAUCCCGACGAGCUCUCGAACAACUCGAACACUUCGUCGCUACAGCACGACGGAUCCUCCUCGUCGCCCCCGCCGCGUGACUUCAAGUUCAAGGACAAGUUCAAACGAACUCUGACCCUGGACGCGCAGGGCGCCUCCAAUGCGGGAGCGGGAGGAGCUGCCGGAGCCGCGGCUGGAGGGGCAGCGGAGUCCGCUGGCGGCGAGCAGCGUGGCGCCGUCAAGCUGGUCAUCUCCAAGAAGAAGGGCAGCAUCUUCAAGAGCCGCGCUCUGGUGCCGUCCGACCAGGCGGAGCAGGCGACGGUGGCCAAGCGGCAUCUGUACAAGCACAGCUGGGACGCGGCGCUGGAGGCGAAUGGCGCGGGCACCGGCAGCGACGCCAGCAACGCCUCGGCAUCGGGAGCGGGCGUGGCCGGAGCCAAGGACCACCUGCUGCACCAUUUGGCGGCGGGGAAGUCCGAUGGCGACUUCGGCGACAGUCCCUCGUCGAACAACAACGGCUCUUCCAGUGCGUGCAGCAGCGCGUCCACGUUGCGCGGCGACAGCCCGGCGCUCGGAAAGACCUCGCGGCUGGCGGGGAAGCAGGGAGCGCCCACCACCUCCACCAACGUCGAUGCCUUCGACUUGGACCUGGAGCCGAUCGCCGGCGAUCUCGACUUGGAACGCGGUGCGGCGGGAACGGCUUCCAGCGGAGCGGGAGGAGCAGCUGGCGGCGGCGGCGGAGCGACUGGCGGCAGCGGCGGAGGACCCAUUCGCGUCGACCGCAAGACCAAGGACUACUACACGGUGGUGCGAAACGUGAAGACGGCCCACCAGAUCCAGGAGAUCGGAGAGUACCAGGAGAUGGACGACGACGUCGAGUACAUCCUGGAUGCGCUUCAGCCGCACAAUCCGCCGGCGACGCGCUGCCUCUCCGCCCUGCAGCUGGCCGCCAAGUGCAUGAUGCCCGCCUUCCGGAUGCAUGUGCGUGCGCACGGCGUGGUCACCAAGUUCUUCAAGGCACUGUCCGACGCCAACAAGGACCUCAGCCUGGGCCUGUGCACCUCGGCCAUCAUGUACAUCCUCUCGCAGGAGGGUCUCAACAUGGACCUGGACCGCGACUCGCUGGAGCUGAUGAUCAACCUCCUGGAGGCGGACGGCGUCGGCGGCGGCACGGAGAGCGGGCACCCGGACAGGGCGGGCUACGACCGCAACAAGCAGAAGGUGCGCGAGCUGUGCGAGGAGAUCAAGGCGCAGGGCAAGGGCACCCAUCUGAACGUCGACUCCCUGACCGUGGGCACGCUGGCGAUGGAGACGCUGCUCUCGCUGACGUCCAAGCGGGCGGGCGAGUGGUUCAAGGAGGACCUGCGCAAGCUGGGCGGCCUGGAGCACAUCAUAAAGACCAUCUCGGACUUCUGCAGACCGGUGAUCGCCAGCGAGGCGGAGAUUCACUGGCAGCCGACGCUGCUGGACAACAUGCAGACGGUGGCGCGCUGCCUGCGCGUCCUCGAGAACGUGACGCAGCACAACGAGGCGAACCAGCGCUACAUGCUCACCUUCGGCCAGGGGAAGGCUGUGGAGACGCUCUGCCAGCUGUACCGGCUCUGCAGCCAGCAGCUCACGCUGCACCCCUCGGUGGACUGCGCCGGCAGCAACAAGGAGCACCCGGGCGUGGCCAUGCGCGAGCUGCUGGUGCCGGUGCUCAAGGUGAUGAUCAACCUGACGCACACGUUCAACGAGGCGCAGCCCUCGCUGGGCGCCGAGCUGCUUGGCCAGCGGGGCGAUGUGGUGGAGACGAGCUUCCGGCUGCUGCUGCUCUCGGCGAACUACAUUCCCGACCAAUGUGUCUUCGAGCUUAGCAUACUGGUACUGACCCUGCUCAUCAACCUGUGCAUGCACACGCCGCCCAACCGGACGGCGCUUAUGCAGGCCGCAGCUCCGGCGGAGUACGUGGCGGACAAUCCACCGGCCCAGGGAACUGUGAGUGCGCUGCAAGCCCUGCUGGAGUACUUCUACAAGUGCGAGGAACUGGCAAGGUUGGUGGAGAAGAACACCGACGCCUUCCUCGAGAGCAACGAGAAGGGCAAGAAGAAACAGGAGGAAGUGGAGGAGACCGUCAACAAUCUUUUGCAACGCGCUGGUCACCACAUGGAGCACACUCUGAAAGGAAGUUACGCGGCCAUUCUGGUGGGGAACUUGAUCGCGGACAACGAGCUGUACGAGUCCCUGGUGCGGCGUCAGCUGCGGGGGAACAGCUUCAAGGAGAUUAUCGGCGUGCUGGAGAAGUACCACACCUUCAUGAACCUGACGUCCAGCUUGGAGGCGGCCUUUGUGGCGCACAUGAAGUCCACGAAGCGGAUCAUCGACAACUUCAAAAAGCGCGACUACAUCUACGAGCACUCUGACGAGCACGACAACACCCUGCCCCUAAAUCUGGAGACGACGACCCAAGUUCUGGCCGUGGGAGCGGCGGACUCGUCGCAUGCGGCUGCUGCCUCGUCUUCAUCCACAUCCACGUCCGUAUCCGCAUCCGCUUCCUCGUCCACAUCGCCCACCGGAUCGACGACGAGGGUGACACGAGUGUACAAGACGUACAGCAGCCACAGAUAAUCGGACUUGGAAACGGAAACGGAAAUGGAAAUGGAAACGGAGAGCCAUCGCCGUUGUCGUUAGACACACCGAAAGCCUGCCACCAAAAUAAAUUCUGUUGUUUGUGAUUAUGUAAUUUGUUUAUGUGCUGAUAUAGCAACCACAAUAUCUAUGUGUAUAGUCUGUAAUGCACCUAGUUUCAGUCAGCUGUACCCCACGUAUAUAUACAUAUAUAUGAAUCGAAAGUAUGUAGCCAAGAGCGAUAGGAUAGGGAUACGAUGCGAUCUGAUCCGAUCCGAUCCGAACCGUUUAUGCGUACGUAUUAACCCAAAGUGAUAGCGAAUUCUCGAGCAUGGUCUGCGUUUUAACUACGGCAAAUGAUAAGGAUUAGUGAAACGAAUCGUGAAGGCAGCACCACGGCGACAACACAAAGAUCCAAAUCCCCUACUGAUAUGUGUACGUUAUAUAGUCAUAAGCAAUAUUAGCAGCUAAAUGUCGACUUACCCUCACAAACACACCCAUGUAAAUAUUGUUUAUUAAGCGAUUUUAUCGGACGCGUCUUAGGUUUAUUUCGAAUGUGUUUUUUACCUAUUCUUACCUUAAACAUAAUAUUUUUUUUAUUCGUCAACUGAAUAGAGACGUUCUUAGCAAACACAAUGCAGGAAAAAGAGCGAGAAGUAGACAGAAGUGUAAAGAGAGAAGUGGGGGAGAGCAAACUAGAGUCGAUGAAGAAAAUAAAGUUAUUUUAUUGCCUAAACUUAAGCUAAAGAAACUCUACUUAUAAAUCUAAAACUGAUCAAUAAAUAUAUAUAUGUAUAUGGA